AUGGCACCUGCUAUGCGUCUAGCCACCGCGGGCCUGAGAGCCUCGCUCCGGGCUCCCUCGCUCGUCUCUCGGAACGCAGCGUUCACUGCUGCCCGCUGCUACUCGUCCAAGAGCCAGCAGACCUUGAAGGAGCGCUUUGCCGAGCUCCUGCCGGAGAAGAUCGAGCAGAUCAAGCAGCUCAGGAAGGAGCACGGCAGCAAGGUUGUCGACCAGGUUACCCUCGACCAAGUCUAUGGCGGCGCCCGUGGCGUCAAGUGCCUCGUGUGGGAGGGUUCGGUCCUCGACGCUGAGGAGGGUAUCCGCUUCCGCGGCCUCACCAUCCCGGAGUGCCAGAAGCUCCUCCCCAAGGCUCCUGGCGGCAAUGAGCCUCUUCCUGAGGGUCUCUUCUGGCUUCUCCUGACCGGCGAGGUUCCCACGGAGCAGCAGGUCCGCGAGCUGUCUGCCGACUGGGCUGCCCGCGCUGAGAUCCCCAAGUUCGUUGAGGAACUCAUCGACCGCUGCCCUACCGACCUUCACCCCAUGGCCCAGUUCUCGAUGGCCGUGACUGCCCUCGAGCAGACCUCGGCCUUCGCUCGUGCCUAUGCUAAGGGCGUGCACAAGAAGGACUACUGGCACUACACCUUCGAGGACUCCAUGGACCUCAUUGCCAAGCUCCCGACCAUCGCUGCUCGCAUCUACCAGAACGUUUUCAAGGGCGGCAAGGUCCCUCCUGUCCAGAAGGACAAGGACUAUGCCUGGAACUUCGCCAACCAGCUCGGCUACGCUGAGAACCCUGACUUCGUCGAGCUCCUCCGUCUCUACCUCACCAUCCACACUGACCACGAGGGUGGCAACGUCAGCGCCCACACCACUCACCUGGUUGGCAGCGCCCUCAGCUCGCCCUUCCUGUCCCUCGCCGCUGGUCUGAACGGUCUAGCCGGCCCUCUUCAUGGCCUGGCUAACCAGGAGGUCCUGCUCUGGCUCACUGAGAUGAAGAAGACCAUUGGCGACGACCUCAGUGAUGAGGCUAUCACUAAGUACCUCUGGGAUACCCUGAACGCUGGCCGUGUCGUUCCUGGCUAUGGCCACGCCGUCCUGCGCAAGACCGACCCGCGCUACACUGCGCAGCGCGAGUUCGCUCUCAAGCACCUGCCCGAGGAUCCCAUGUUCAAGCUCGUCAGCCAGGUCUACAAGAUCGCUCCCAAGGUUCUUACCGAGCACGGCAAGACCAAGAACCCGUGGCCCAACGUCGAUGCUCAUUCUGGUGUUCUCCUGCAGUACUAUGGCCUGACUGAGGCCAAGUACUACACUGUCCUCUUCGGUGUCUCGCGUGCCAUUGGUGUGCUGCCUCAGCUUAUCAUUGACCGCGCUGUCGGUGCCCCGAUUGAACGGCCCAAGUCCUUCUCUACCGAGAAGUGGAUUGAGAUCUGCAGCAAGCUGUAA